ACGCGCCAUAUUGAAAAACAAGUUCAAUCACAUCAAACACGGAUUUUGACAAACAAGUGGUUUUAUAAAGCAAUGCAGAAUUAACAUACACAAAAUUUGAUAGACCAUUGAUCGCGGAGGGGAAAUAACAAGAAUAUCGUACCAUAAAUGUCCAGAAAGUGUGGGAAGAAGAAAGUGAUCAUGUUCAUUCUUGUUGUCAAUGUAAAUCCCGAUGAAAUGUUAUUUUGAAGAUUUGCAUAUAUGACAGCAAUGGGUAGAUGAUGCAGAUUGGACAUCCGAAGUGCACACAACACAGUUGAUCAGGAAGCUAGAAGAAAAUAUUCAAGAUGCAGACACUGGACGUAUGCAAGAAAACAUCAGGCAAAAUUUGGCAUCGAAAACCGACGCCAUCAAGUGAUAAUGGGUUGAUGCUGAGAGUGAGCAGCAGUGUCACAGGGGCACUGUCAACUCCAUCACACACAGUUCGCUUCCUACAUGCUGCAUUUGAUGCAACAGGAGACAGUUUGCUGGCAGGCGAUCACCAAGGAAACAUCUUCAUGUUUGACAUUAACCGAAACAGGUUUUCCUUGGUACAAAAAACAGGUCACCCAUGCACAGCUCUUGCAUUUUCUCUCCGAAGAAGAACAGAGUUCCUUGUUGGCCUGUCUGAUUACUCCUUGAAGUGCUUUGAUACAGAUACCAAAGAUCUGGUAGCCUGGAUGAAGGGCCAUGAGUCGGCCAUACACAGUAUUUCUGUCCAUGCCUCUGGCCGCUAUGCCUUGACCACAUCGGCGGACGUUGCUCAUCUCUGGGAUCUGGACACCUUCCAGAGGAAGAGGAAGCUCAACAUCAAGGAAGAUGUUGGUGUGCUGCAGGUGUUCUUCCUGCCACUGAGCAACACAAUCAUAACUUGUUUCCGUGACGACUCAAUAUUUGCAUGGGAGUCCGAGACUCUAGAUUGCAAGUUCCAGCUGCCGGUGCCUCCUGGCAACAGUCCACAGUACCGAGCAUUUGCCGCCACCAGAGAUGGACGUGUCCUGGCAGCAGGGGGGCGGUCACGCUUCGUUCACCUGUGGUCUCUCGACACGAGACGGCUCCUGCGUAUAGUGGAGCUGCCCACCAAGGUGACGUCCGUCAAGUACAUGGAGUUUGUCCCAGACAACUUUCAAGGUGGAGUGGAUCAGGUCCUGGGAGUGCUGUGUCAAGAUGGAAUAAUGAGAUUCAUCAACAUAGACACGUGUAAGCUACUGUUUGACAUUGGCACAAUGGAGAACCGUGUGUGUAAUGCCUCCAUCAGCGCCAAUGGUCGGUAUGUUGCCGCAGUGAUGGAUGAUGGUAACCUUCAUCUGUACAGUGUGCCAGCUCUCUCCUCUGAACUCAAUAAGCCACCAGCUCCCCUGGUGAAGGUCGUGGCCUCAAACAAAAUGUCGGACACAGUUUCCACUGAAAAUGACAAUGAGGGGAACCUUCACAAGUCUUCCACAUCCUUCUCACGCAGGAGGCGACCAAAAGGGCGACGAACCCAGGAUGAGGAUGACACAGCAAGUCUACCAGAAGGCCUGGACAUGGACAAGCUGAGUGCUAUUCUGAAGGAAUUCGGGGAAUACCCUUAUAAAUACAGAAUGUUCAUCUGGAGAUCGGUCCUGCGGCUGCCAGAGAACCAUGCUGCGUAUGGCGCCCUGGUGGACAAGGGAGCUCACCCUGCUUACUCCAAACUUCACGAGGCCUACCCUAUAAAGAGCCGAAAACUGUUGAGAGUACUGCAGAGAGUCCUGUCAGCGCUAGCACACUGGUCACCAAUAUUUGGGGAAACCCAGUAUCUUCCCAUGCUUGCCUUCCCUUUCGUCAAGCUCUUCCAGAAUAACCACCUGGUCUGCUUUGAAAUCAUCGCUACUCUCUUAGGCAACUGGGGUGGCCACUGGUUUGAGUAUUUCCCUAACCCUCCAAUAAAUGUGUUAGCCAUGGUGGAGAACAUCAUUGCUCAUCAUGACAGAUACCUGCUGCAACACUUCGUCAAGUGCAAGGUCACUUCACAGAUUUACGGCUGGCCUCUUCUUGAAACAGUUUUUUCUGAGGUCCUAACCAAAGAGGAGUGGUUGAUGAUGUGGGACAAUGUGUUCAGUAAUCACCCAUCCUUCCUGCUGAUGGUGGUGGCUGCCUACUCCAUCUGUGCUCGAGGUCCUCUCAUGCAGUGUACAGAGCUGGAUGACUUCAAGUACUUCUUCCACCACCGUAAUGCUGUAGAUGUGAAGCAGGUGCUGAAGGAGGCUCAUCGCCUCAUGGCAUCUACACCUGCUGACAUUCACCCACGCAAGUCUCUGGAGGAAUUCAAGCCUCUCACAAGAGGGCAAUACCCAGUGUUUAACAAAUACCCCAAGUUUAUUGUCGACUAUCAGGUACAAGAACGGGAAAGGAUUCGACAAGAAGAAAUGGAAUAUCUCCGACAGAAGAAGGUGUCGAUGGAGGUGCAGCGGGAGACACUGAAGAAGCAGCAGGAGGAAGAGGCAUGGUACAGACAGCAGCAGCUGCUGACAGAGGCCGAGGAGAAGAGGCGCAACAUGAUUCUGCAUGAAGAGGAGAAGCUAGUGGACCAGAGGAAGAGAUUGUUUGCCAUGAACCGGGAGGUAAAGCUCAAGGAACUGCAGCUGCUGGAUGCUGCCAGACAGAAGUUCCUCCACUUCCAGCAGAAGCAGAGAGAGGCGGAGCUCAGGAGGCUGGAUGACGAGAUGCAGAGGAAGGCUCUAAUGAGGGACCAGGAAACAGCAGCAGCUCUGGAGGAGGGGGAGAUCAAGAACCUGGAGCUGCAGCUACAGAAGAAGAUGUUUGAACAGGAACUGUUCCGUGAGUAUGCGACAGCAUCACACACACUGCGCACAGAGAAGGACAUGCACCGGAAACAGGUGGAGCUGGAGGAGAGAAUACAGAACCGUCUUAGGGAUGCUGAGAGGGAGCGUGAACUGGAAGUCAGGAAGAUGAUGUCUCAGAACCUGGCCCAGGCAUCCCAGAAGAACAUAGACAUGUGGGCUCACAAGGAGAUGCAGCAUCGCCAUCAGCUGGAGGACCUGGAGCGGGAGGCCAAGAACGUGCAGUUGUCUCGUCUACAUGUCCAAAACAGGGAGCUGGAGCAGGAAGUGCACAACUUGAUGAGGAGAUGCCAUGAUGAUAGGGAGGAUGAGACAGAGGCUGGGUAUAGAGACUUGUUAGCGGACCAAGACGACCGAGAGAACAGCGGGUCACGGAGACUGCAGAGUCUGGAGGAAGAUGUCCACACUGGGCGCCAGCAUGCCAGGGACCUGUCUCAGCAGGCCAUUGACAUUGUUAACAGAUACCAGAGGGCUUCCUAUCAUGACAACAAUGAGUUGUAUGACAGCGUCAACACAGAUGAUAACUCAAAACUCUCAUUUGAACGUAGUCGCAGGACAUUUGAUGACCAAGAAAUAGCUUUAUUGAAUGGUGUCCGUCAGUUAAGACAAAGACUAGCCACGGAAAGCAGAGGCAAGAAACCCCCAAGGGUCCAAGAAGGAGAUUGAGACACCUGAUGUAGACACUGAAUUUUGCCUGGCAUCAUCAUGUAGUUGAUUUGCUUAUUGCCCUGUUUCACAUCACCAACUAGACUUUUUAUAAGAUUCAUAAACUUUGAAACAUCUUCUGGUAGUUCUGGUACUGAAAACAAAAGUAGAGAUACUUAUUCACUGCAUUAAUCAUCAAGGAUGCAUAAAAUAUCUCAAGGGUGAUCGCAAAGAUUGCCCAUGGAAACUACUUGUUAAUCAAGAGUAACAGAUGGGGUUCUGUGUGUCAUCUUAACACAACUCUUUAAGUUUUCUUAUUAAGUCAUGUUAGAAGACUUACUUGAUCAGGUUGCAUGAUAAAUUUCUGAUGGGGAAAACCUGAAUGUGUUUGCCACAUAGUUUGCAGAUCUUAUUGAUUUUUAUUAGAGUAUUCUUUUUGUAUCCCUAUAUAACUUUAGCUUGAUGUGGAACAGGAAAAUAACCAAAUGUGCCGAGAGGUGUUAUUUUUGUGUAGGUCUUCUAAUGAGUGUAGUCUGUGAAGCUUGUUAUCCCAAAACAUCUUCAUCUGAUAUGGAUUUGCCAAAUGGGUUUAUGUACCAUAAACUUGUCAUUUGCCAAUCUCAUCAAAAUCAGAUCUUUACUCUUGAUACAAUACCUUCAAUAGAAGGUUAUGUCAGGUGAAGUGUGGAUGGACUUUGACCACCUAAUCUAAAUGAAGGUUGUGUGGAUUUUUCAGCCUAUCAGAAGUAAGUUUUCUAAAAGAAACUGGCUUCAUUUCUUUACCACUUUGAUUUGGAAAUUUUGAUUUUUACAAAAGAAAAUUCAUAUCCUAUAGGUUGGUUUCAAAUCUUUAUGCAGAGAGGUAUUAUAUCAGAGUAAAAGAUGUGAUUUUUAUGGGACUGGUCAUUUGUGUUAUAUGUUAUAUGUUAAUAUGUUAUUAGAAUAAGCAAGUACAGAGAUGGGAGAAGAGUAAUGAAUGUUGAAGCUGUCAACAGAAGCUGUAGCUUGUUGUGUCUGGACCAGCAGUUAUGUACAAAUAUAUAUCUGGCAAAAAUGACUUGCACAUAUGUAUGUUGUGUAUAUCAUGUAUUAAAUUAUGAUUGUAUUUAUGUAUAAAAAUGGAUCUGAUUUUGCUAUUAAUGAUAUUUUUAUAUUGUAAAUAAAGAACUUUUAUCUCUU